AUGUCCAAGUGGGUGGCCAAGCGAGACGAUGGGAACCACGGCCACGACGAGGGACGUCACCGGCUGGAUCGCAACGGCAAGGGCCUGGGAAAGGACGCCGGAGCAGCCGCCCGCCAAGCGGGCGAGGUGCGUCGGCUGAUUCGCUUGGCGGCGCAAGAGGCUCGCGGUGAUCCUCGAAGGAAGUCACAGUCAGAGGAGGUGAAUGGCUUCAAAUUCCAAGUGGGCCCACCAGUUGGUUCCAGUUCAGCUCCUGAGGCCUGGGAAGCCGGCUACGAAGGUUACUGGAAUGACUGGGGAGCGAGCUGGUCAGAAUGGGGUGGCUGGCAAUCUAGGGACUGGAAGUCUUCCAAAGGCUCUUCGAAAGGCUAUCACAAAGGCACUCCUUCUUGGAGCUAUGCCGAGCCCAAGGACGCCUGGCAGGAAUGGGACUGGGAGGAGGACCUGUGGGACGAAGGCUCCGAAUGGGAUGAGUACAUCACCGUGAAGGACUCCACGGUUCGGGUGGAGCUAAGUGGGGCCGAGUUAGGAGAUGCAGAUCUCAAGGAAUUAAUGCAGUACCUUGAUGAAUACAUGGAGCGAUACGUGGACGAAAACGGCGGUCACUACAACCUGAACAUCGACCUGUCCUGCAACUCCUACGUCACCGACAACGGUGUUUCGUCACAUUUGGUACCUUUUUUGCAGAAGUGGCCCGUUUGUCAGAGGUUGAAGCUCUAUAAAAAUGCCCUGGGCGAUCCGACCCUCAAGGCUUUGAGCAACUGGGUGGCAGAUGGAUAUGCGCAAGAGCUGCAUCUGUCGGACCUUUCCGGCAAGGUGUCCAGCGAUGCGGUGCUGCAUUUGUUGAAGGAGAUCCAUCGGAAACAGAACUAUCCCUGUAGCAAUGGGAAAGGAAAAUGUCCCCUCUGGCUACGGCUGGAGCACAACGGUAUCUCCGAUGUGGACGGACUGCUGGAGAAAGCUCAGUCUCUGGGCAUCUCGGUGACCCUGGUGGACAAGGCUGACUUGGGACGAGUCCGACCAGGAGGAAAGGGGAAAGAUUCGAAAGACCCCAACACGGCCAUUCACUUGGUGAUGUUCCGACCACAGGAGCGGCGUCGAGGGAAAGGUCACGCUCACCAUGAAGAGCAUGAGGACAGCACAGAUGGCUAUUCACGACCAACCAGUCCCCCCGAUUAUUUCAAGGGGCAAGAAGAGGAGGACGAUGCCUACAAGGAGAAGAAAGGCGGCAAGGGCAAAGAUGCGAAGUUCGGAAAGACCGCACCAACCGCCAAGCCGCUGACGGCCAGUGACCUUCAAAUGGGGGCGGCCUCCUACAGAACGCAGAUGUCCAAACAUCCAGGAGCACCAAAUCAGCUGGCCCAAGCGAAAGCCAAACAAGGCAAGAUAGACAUUGGCUCAGCUGCUGCCUUUCCCUCUUUGGGUGGACCAGAGAAGCCGGAGGCAACGCCAAAUUGGGGUCCUAAUCUCCAAGCAGCUGUGGCAUGGGGUUCGGCGCCAACAGCCGUUUUUGCAGCUCCAAAGCCGCAGCCCAAACCCAUCUCCCCUGUGUUGGGUCCAACUCCCAAAGAAGUUCCUGUGCAGGAGAUAAAGGGAAAGGAGAAACCAGGCAGCGCCAGCGCCGGCGCCAGCAAGUUGCCUGCGCCCGUGGGGGCAGCUGGCGCAGCACCCACGGAAGCCCCGCAACGUCCACCGCCCAUUGGAGCAGAUGUUCGAAGCCUUAAAGGUUUCAGCGGUCCACCACAACAAGCCGCUCGCGAGAUCCUGGGCGCCAUCGGGGCACCCUUUCGGCCCUCCAGCCCGGUGGCGCCGCUUACUCCGCCCAGUGCUGGUCCGGAGGAAGGUGGAAUGCCGGAGGUCAGAAGCUGGCAGGCUCCCACAGCCCCUCCAAGCAGUCCGCCUAACGAGGCCGCCAAGCCUAAGCCCAUGGCAGUCCCGCUGCCAUCCCUACCCCCCUCAGUGGCUCCAAUGGUUGAGCCGGAGCGCCCCAAGCUGAGCCCCCCCACCGAACCGCCCCAGGCCGCGCCGGCCGCGCCGGCCACCCCGGCCGCCCCGGCCGAGAAUGUGCUGAGACGCCUGCCCAAUGCACCCAGCAAACCCGCGCCCCCGGCGCCGGUGCCAACGCCAGCACCGCAGGUGGCACCGCUGGCGCCUGCGCCACAAGUGGCACCGGUGGUUGCUCCAACGGCGCCACCCAGUAUGCCGCCAGAGGUGGCAGCCAGGGUCGCACCAGCACCAACUCAACCAGUCAUGGCCCCACCAUCACAAGCACCUCGAACAGCACCUCAAGUACCACCAAAAGUGGCUCCACAAACACCGCCACAUGUGCCAGAACAACCAGGGCGAAGAAAAGUCGUAGAAGAAGACUUUGCGGCCAUUUAUGAGGUGCCAGGAGACAUGGUUUGGAAACCAUUGUCCUAUGCGGAGAAAAACAUCCUGAAAGCACGGAAGAAAAUCCGUGAAGUGGAGAAAAUCGAGGAGGCCUACGCCGUGAAGGGAAAGCUGGAGCCGGGGCAGCUGGCCAAGGUUCAACGCAAAGCGGAGCUGGAACAGGAGCUGCGAGUCUACGAGCAGCGUAGCCACUCGCAAGGAGGCCGCAACCUACACGAACUCGAGCAGGCGGAGCAAUGCCGGAAGACGCAUGAGCGCUACGAGCAUGCAGCCACAUACGUCCAGAAGGUCAUGCGUAAAUGCCUUGUGAAGAAGCGCCUCCCAGAGUUCCAGGAGGAAGCCAAGGUGCGCCGAGCUGAACGAGAUCAUGCAGCCAAGCAGAUUCAGAAGGUGAUCCGGACGUAUCAAAGCAAACUUCAAGCCCACAAGGCCCGUCGGGAGGCCAUGGAAUCGACAGAAGCGGAAGAGGUCUGGGCCCCUGGGCCGCCGGUGAGGCGGCUGUGGUGGGUUGAUCUGCAAGGCUGGGAAGGCAGCACAUUUUCAGAGAAGGUGAAGCAUGCGCCUCCUGCUGCUGCGGCGCCAGCGGCACCAGCGGCGCCUGCGCCGCCUGCGCCCGUUGGAGCAUUUGGUUUUCGCCUGCCACCACCAGGGACCGAAGGGGACCGGAGAGUCUACCAGGGCGCCUUUGGAAGGACAGUGACAAGAAGAGAUGUGGGACAGGCUGCCAAAGGAGUUUGCCUUCGACAGCCUUCCAUGAAUACGCCACAAGCUGUGUGGACAAUCAUUGACAAUGUGGCCGGAAGCGGCUUGACUCCAAUUGCUUUGAAAGCCGCUUGA